AUGGCACGCGCGACCCGUAACUCCAAGGCCGCCCCGGCCCUCUCCAGCCCGCCUGCUCGUCGCACGCGUUCCAAGCUCAAGGAGAAGGACGCGGUUUCCUCCACCAACAACAAUACAUCAUCGUCCUCUCAGCCCGUCCAAGACGCGCCGUCCACCACCCACCCAGCCCCGGCUGCGGCCCAGAAGGCGCCAGUUGCCAAGAAGUCAACUGGUAAGACCAAGGCUUCCGCUGCUUCCAAGGUGUCUGCCGUAACGGACAAGGCUUCCGUCUCUACACCCGCGGCUACCGUGUCUUCAUCCAAGGCUUCGGCCCCCGCAACCAGGGCUUCGGCCAAGAACAACACCGCGUCCGAAGACUCGGACAACACUGCGUCGGCACCAAAGGCUACCAACAAGCGGUCGAGGCGCCAGCCCACCGUGGAUCGUAACACGAAGAAAGUCACCAAGUCCCGCGCACGCAAGUCUACCGCGAAGGCUCCUGCUACUACCAAGAAGGCGCUCGAGCAGCACAUUGAGCAAGAACAAGCCGCGGCAACCCCCGCUCGCACUGGAGCCGUUCGUCGCACUCGCGCAGCGUUGAAAGCUGGCAUCGCGUCUCCCCUUACCCCGGUCUCUGAUAACCUCAAAACCAAGACCCGUCAGGCUCGUUCCAAGAAGAAGUUGUUGAAGGAUGCUACGCCACUGAGUAUCAUCGAAGACGAGAACGACCCCAAAGAUCCCGACGAUUGGUUUGCCGAAGUGCGGCAAGAGCCACGCAUCUAUCGCGAUCCCGGCGCAAGCAUGGAGGAGAUCUCCGAGCGUGAAGAUGCGACUACAGCAGAAAAUGAUGACAUUGUGGAGCACGAUACCGCAAGCUCUGAUGCGGAUGAAGCCAUGGCCGGCGACGUCGAAAUGGUCGCUGAGGAGACUGAGAAUGAUGGCUCGGAAACUGAGGAAGACAUUGUUGACGAAGACGUGGCCGAUGACGACAUGGUCGAAGAAACAGAACGCCCUCAGACACCCGAAGAGGCGCACCAGCAACUGCAGCCACCCACCACUGCGCGUACUUUCGGUCUUGCCAAUCUCUUCUUCAACCCACUCGCGUCCGUGAGGAAACUUUGGAGCCGAACCCCAGCACCUGCCGAGCCCCAGUCACCCUUAGCAAUGUCUCCCGAGUCCCCUACCAUCGCUUCACCCAGUAAUGCGGCUCAAGAGCGCAGGAUCCGUAACAGGAACGUUCGCCUCACUCCGCGUGAGAAGAAUGCUGAUAAACGACACGAGUUGUCGGAGAAGCAGGAAGAUCGCGUUGAACGUCUCCAGGCCGAGUUGCGUGAGAGUCAGCGCGAGCUCGCGGAGGUCCGUCGCCGAUCCGACGUGCAGCAGGUGAAAGAGCAGCAGGAAGCGAAGCAGAUUCCAGGUCACAAGCGUCGCCGCUCCAGCCCGACCGUCAUCCCCGCUCGUCGCCCUGGUGAGAAGGGUAGCUUUGGCAUGUUGGAUGAGUAUUUCAGCUACGACGACGAGCCGACUCCCGAUACUAGCAGCCACCGUGCGAAGAGACGCCGGACUUCAAUGCCAUCCCCAGGAGAUGAUGACACCGACGACGAGUAUGACUUUGUUCAGCUCCCCAUGGAACACACCCCUCCGAGCUUGAAGCGUCCGCGCAACGGCUACCGCAAGGCUGCUAUGAAAGAAGGUCAGGAAGAUCCAAUGGUGGCCAAUCACGAGCUCCGCGUCAUGCACCAGGAGAACAGUUUCAGCCAAGACCUUUCAAUCGAGAGCCCUAAUUAUUGGGCCACUCACGUGGUUCCUCCGCAGACGAAGAAGUCAUCGCCGUCGGCCGUCUACAACGGAUACUUUAUGGCCAUGCCCGGAGAUCCUGGCUACAAGCCUGAGAACGUCUUCAAGAUGUCAGAGCAGCAGCUCCGACAGCAGAAAUCCCCCAGGAGAGAUGGCAAAAUGGAUUCUGCCGAGCUCAAGGCCCGCGCAGAGGAAAUUGUCAGGAAGGAGAAGAACGGUGAGGAGAUCACCGAAGACGAGCGUCGGCUUCUAGAGAAAGCUCAGCGCAAGUUUGGUCACAUUGCAGGCAGCGGCAGCUUCAGCGCCCCAGAGUAUGACAGCGACGACUCCUCAACCAUGUCUGAUGACUUGGAGGAGAGCACCUCGCCUCGGCGCAAUGCUCCAGCCUCGACGCCUCCGUCUGCAAAGGCUUCUGCAAAGGCUUCCUCCAGGGCUUCCCCCAGGGCUUCCCCCAGGGCUUCUCCCAAGGCUUCCCCCAAGGCUUCCCCCAAGUCUUCCCCCAAGGCUUCCCCCAAGUCUUCUGCCAAGUCUUCUGCCAAUGCUUCUUCCAAGACUUCCGAUGCUGAGGAUUCCGCCAGUGAGCCCACGCAGUCGGACAGCAUGAAGCCUCCCCCGCCUCCCACGCCAGCCCAUGCUCAGCUUCCUCAGUCAGUGUCGGCCGCCAACGACAAUGUCACUUCCAAGACGCCGGCUGCGGUCCCCAGUGCUACUCCGAAGGUAGACCACAACGCCGCUCUGGCUCGCCAGCGUGAAUUGGCAGAGAAGCACAAGCCCAAGACGGGCUCGCGCCUCCAGUAUGUCAGCGGCGUGUCCUCAUCUCCGGGUGCUCCGUCGAGUCCUAUUGUCGAAAACAACAUGGAGUCAUCUCUGAUCACGCAGGGUAUGAGCACCCCUGCAAGCAACAACGACAUCGAAGCGUUCAGCAUCUACGACGCGCUCACCGAAGAGGUGAGGGAGAAGUGCGUCGCUCUUGAUGAUGCGAUGAGUUCCGAGGAGGACAAGUAUCUCAUGUGGCUGGCGGGGAGUGAAGACGAGGGUGAGAGCAAGGACUUUGCGGAGUACAGUCUUGAGUCCGAGAAGCUUGUCGCUGACCGUAGGCUCGCUUUGGAAUCGGAGCCUGAAGACGAGAGCCAGCGCAAGGAGCGCGACGAGAAGGAGUUUGCAGAGUACGAGCGUGAGAUGAAGGAGCUCCGGGGCUUCUAA